CCGGUCCGGUCCGGCCCAUCAAAGUCUUUCUUUCUUUCUUGCUGGCAGAAAUUAGGGUUUAACUCGGAGAGAGAGAGAGAGAGAGAGAGAGGGCUGAAAAUUCUGGCGACGAAGCGAUGAACCCACUAACCCUAGUGAAGCGGAUUCAGAACAUCAAUGCGAGAGAAGCUCAAUUAGGGAUUUCAGAGGACGCUUCAUGGCACGCCAAGUACAAAGACUCCGCUUACGUUUACGCCGGCGGCAUUCCCUUUGAUCUCACCGAAGGCGAUCUCCUCGCCAUCUUCGCACAGUACGGAGAGGUCGUCGAUGUCAACCUCGUUCGCGAUAAAGGGACCGGGAAAUCCAAAGGGUUCGCCUUUGUUGCGUAUGAGGACCAGAGGAGUACCAAUCUCGCUGUGGAUAAUUUGAACGGAGCCCAAGUGGUGGGUCGGACUAUUAGGGUUGAUCAUGUGGAUAAGUACAAGAAGAAAGAAGAGGAAGAUGAAGAGGAGGAGCAGAGGAAGAGGGAGGAGCGAGGUGUUUGCCGUGCUUUCCAGAGAGGUGAAUGUACUCGUGGAGCUGGAUGUAGAUUUUCUCACAAUGAACAGAGAGCUGCAAACACAGGGUGGGGUGCUGAGGACAAGAAAUGGGGACACGAUAACUAUGAUGGUCCGAGAAAGAGUGACAAAAGACCUGGCACCAUCCCCUCAAAUCGUGUUCCAGAGCCUAGAGUGCGAGAAGAUUUCAGCACUAAAGAUAAGUUCAAGACAGUACCGGACAGGAGGGCCUUGGAGGAAGAAAAGAGGACAUCAAGAAGACGUGGUGAGGAUGAUGAGUUGGAGCCAAGAUCAAGAGAAGAUUAUGAUAGGAGGGAAGAAAAGAGACCAAGAAGACAUGAUGAUUAUGAAUUUCAGCCGAAGGCAAGAGAACAUCAUGAUAGAAGGGAAGAUAGGAGACCCAGAAGGCAAGGCGACGAUGAAUUUGAACCAAAGCUAAAGUCUGUAGAAGAUAAGAGACUCAGAAGGCGUGGUGAUGAUGCUGCAUAUGAGCCCAAGUCUAGAGAAGAUCAUGUCAGGAGUGAAUAUGAUAGAAGAGAAGAUAGGAGACCAAAAAGACGUGAUGAUGAUUUGGAAGCUCAUGACAUAAGGGAAGAUCGUGAUAGGAUGGAAGAAAAGAGAUCAAGGCGACCCAAUCAUGACGAAUUAGAGCCACAGCCACGAGCAAGUCGGGAUAGGAGGGAAGGAGAGAGAUUGAGAAGGCAUCAUGAUGAUGAAGUGCCUCCAAAGUCCUGAGAAGUUCGCCAAAAGGGAGAUUAGGAAGUAAUCAAUUAUCACUGAAAGCUGGACCGGAUACAUGGAAGAAUAUUCAUGUGACAGGGUAGACAUAUCGUGUGACUCAUGGGUGGGAUUCUAACAUUGGUCAAAAUGAGGGAGUAAUGGUGUAAAACAUAUACUCAAGCCCUUAACAAUUUUCACAUGUCUUGUUUGUAAUGCUUCCUGUUAUGCAAUGUUAAAGAGUUGUUUCCGGUAGAUUGUGUGAGGUGUAUCCUUAUUUGUUGCUGAUAUGGUCCUUUUUCAUUUUAAUCUGUUCUCUCGUUUGUAUAUUGCAUUUGAUAUGCCAAGGCCAAGCCAAUCAAUGCUUGUGGAAUAUCUUAUCUUGCUACUUUUUGGUCAUUCCUACCCGAAAGGACGAGGAAGUCGGGGUGAUGAUGCAUGCGAUAAAGGCAAUGCUUAUGCAAAACAAAUGGAAGACUUUGAGAUUUCAAACCACUGAGCUUCUCUAUUUUGCUUCAAUACCAGAAAUUUUCUUUCCUUUUGGAUCAAGGACUCAAGUGAAUUGAAGAGUGGUUCUGUGGUACUUGCUGGGAGUUACACAUCAAGGAUUCCAGGUACUGUGCACGAAGUUGAAAGGGAGCAGAACUGAAGUGGUGGCUUUUGGCAUUUUGCUGCUUGUCAACUCCUGCCUUUUGAGGUCUUUUAUCCUAUUUUGAAACCCUGAUGUUCUUUGGUGUUUUGAGCCUUUAUUUUGCUGAAACUAUUGUUGUGGAAAGAUGAACUCAGCUUGUUGUAAAUUUGUUGAAAGGCUCACUUUUGCCUCAUGUAAAUGUCUAGGCUAGUCUUCUUUUGAAUCACUCUCAGUGAUCUAUUUUGAGCUAUGUAUAUAUUAAAGGCCAUGUCUCUUAGCCCUAAUAUGCGAACCAGAUUUGCAUCCUUC